AACGAACCAUGUCUUCGCAUGUGCCCUAGUCGUUGUUAAGUUGAUGAAAAGCCAUGGCGUUGUCAAAGAAACAAAGUGAACAGAUUUGUUUGGAUUUGGUGCGAUAUAUUCUCGACCAGGGUGGUGCGAUUACAACAGAAAGACUGCAACCGUUUUAUGCAAGGCAUCCUACAUAUCGUGCCCUGGUGAAGAACAUUCGCACCUUUUGUGCACAACAUCCGGAUCGCAUCUCUGUAAGUGCUGCAGCAGGGCCCCACUAUUGCCUCAAGGUGCCAAUGACGAAAGACCACAAGGCUAUUGCCAAGGCAAAUCUCAAAGGAAAAGGCAAAGGCAAGGGAACCCCUCCAACUCAGACUGCGCAGAUGGUGGCUGCAAACCUAGCCUUGUAUGCGCACCAGAGUGGUGGGUCAUUGAUGGGCAGCCAAAUGGGAGACUACUACAAGGCCCACCCAACUCAUAAGGAUUUCAUCUCAGGCCCUGGUCUCAGAAAUUUUUGCAGCGGCUAUGAUGGUUUAUUUGCUUUUGAGGCUGAUGAGCACAGUGGACGAGUCUGCUUAGCGUCAUUUUGCUGCCACUUCCUCAGGGAUUCGUGCAAUCACAACAAAAACCACCAAGGCAGAUUGCACGAAAAACCUCAGUCCACCCCAGUGGUUUGCCAUCUCCGAGCUGAUUGUCCCCAUGAACAUUGGCAGAAACUCUUGAAGACUGCAGCAAGGUGCGAAUCCACUACUGCGGAUGUUCCGCAACAAAUAUGGCGUCCCGUUUUAGCCACACUUUCGGGGAGUGUGACUGCAGAUGCUGUUGCUGCAAGCCUGUUCUUGUACGUGCACAGUGUCGGUGGUUCAAUGAGGGGAGGUGAUCUUGGUCAGUACUACAGGGUGCAUCCCAACCACAAGGAUCUGAUCUCAAGCGCUGGCCUGAGAAGUUUUUGCAGCGACUACGACGGGCUGUUUUCCUUGGAGUCAGAUGGGAAUCAGGGUCGUGUUUGUUUAGCAACUUUCUGCUGCUGCUUUCUCAGGGGUAAUUGUUUUGCCAAAAUGACGCACCAGGGCAAACAACAUGGAAAACCUCAGUCGUCACUUGUGGCGUGCAAUCGCCUGGCAAAGUGUGUCCAUGGACAUUGACAAAAAAUUGUUGAGACGGCUGCAGGCACUGCAACAGCCACCGUUGCAGCCACAUCACAAAGGAGUAUGCUCCAAAGUGUUGCAAGUGAAGAAGAAUCUGUGGUGCCAGUGUCCUCAAUACGCUGGAGCCACGACAGUGUCCGAGUCGUUUUUCAAGAUGGAUGUCUUGUUGCGACUAUGUUGAAAGAACUUCUCGAUGGAGACCUCCUUCCACACCAGAUUCCUCAAAUAGAUGUUUUCGAAGAUGGCGGUGUUUUGUACGCUUGGUCCGGCAACCGACGGCUGUGGGUACUCAAGGAAUUUGAGAGGCUUCGCAGGGUGGAAGUCAAAGUGCAGGUGAAAAAGAAAGUCACCAAACUCUCCCGGAAGUCCCCUAAAUUUUCAACCACCAACGAUGGCGAAUCAGUGACAUUUUUCUCGCAAAGCAGAGCUGAUUGCUUUCCAAGCAUGAGCUUCGCUCUUGCAGCCAUCAACCCCCCGACAGCUCCAACCAUGUGGGAUGUCGAGUUGGGAAAUGAAAUUCGCCGUUCCUCGGGGUCCGCACUUUGGAAGCUUCAACGCAUUGGAGAGCUGGGCGGGUGGCUGGAGGCUCCACCCAGCAGCCUGGAAGACUAUUUGCAUGGAAAACCUUAUCUUUUCACAGUUGUGGACUUUGUUGUCACGCUCACUGGCUGCAUGGAGGCUUUGACACUUUUGGGCUUAGAUGCUGGUCCACACCUAAAGAUAUCAUCCUUGGAAAGUUUGGAACAGGACGGGACAGGCGUUAGGGAUGGUGAUCCUUCUGAGUGUCAAUUCGCUGAAGCGGAAAUCUGGGACGGCUUCACCGAAUCUUCUCUGGAAGAAGCUUUGCGUUCGGUUUGUGCUCCGCAGCCUCUUUCGCUGUUCGCUAUCCCAGAGCUUGUGGGUCUUCGAAACAACCCAGAUACUUGUCAACUCGUGCUAUCCUUCUUGAAGCGGCGCUCAAAUAUUUUUAGCCUUUCGAGCAGUGUUUUUGGACAUUCCGUGUCGCUCAUUGACAGUCCUCCGCGACACACGGAAAAGUAUGGUUUGGGAGGAAAUGAUUCCAAGGACGAGCCGGACACUUCAAUGCCACAAAAUCAUGUUGCUGACAGAAGCGAGGCAAGAGCUUCUGAAGUGCUCAAUUCUUUGUCAUCCCACUUGUGCUCUGUCAUCAAUGAAGCUGGUGGACGCCUGAGCCUUGAUCGGUUGGAAUGGGAUCAGGUUUGUAUGGCCCAAUUUGCCUCGCAAGUGGAUCUUGAGAAGUACUUGGAGGAGCAACCGCAUUUCCUCAUUUGGGUCUCUGAAGGUGGCAAAAUGGUGUCCACGGUUUCCGCUGACACAAGGCAACCCGGAGGGCAAGCAGGAGCCUUUCGGAUGCUUCUGCCUUCGCGUCUCAACAGAGAAAUCUCAAGGGAAGUGCUGGAGAUCUUGCAGUCCACGGCACAUCGACUGCUGUACCGGGCGGAUUCUUCCAUGAAGGUGGCAUUGCGAAGCGGUUGGUUGGAGCCAGCCAUGCUACCAUCCACGGUGCUGUGCCAAAAGGAUCUGGAUGACUUGGCCAAGAGGCUAGGCUGGAGGAAGUUGCCUGGGCUCGUGCCAAUCCCUGGAUCACCCCAUCGAGCCCAUUUCAAGUCGUCAGACUCAGAUCGACUUCGCAGCAUCACAAUUCAUGUUGGCCGCUAUUUGCCGGGUCUUUGGAGCAAAGCUGGCGAUCUGUUGGAUGCCGGUUCCACCAUUUUCGUGGGCCCUGCUGGCUGUGGUAAAACCACGAUCCUGCGUGAUGUUGCGGUCAACAUGUCCAAAGAACUGCAAGUGUUGGUGCUUGACUUUCUGGGCCAUUUGGCUGACAUGGAGUCCUCUCCUGACCUUGACUACCAGUGCUGGGGCAGUGGCAGUGAAGCUCAGACAAUCCGAGAAGCAAUUGAUGAACACGUCCCCGAGGUCAUAGUAGCAGAGUUUCCCGACACUUAUUCCGCUUUGAGAGCUGGGCGGGUAUGCGCUGAAGCUGGUGUUCGCUUGGCUUGUUCUGUGCGAAGCAAUCUUCGAUUCCUGGUGGAGUCUUUUGUCCAUGCUUACAGUGGCUCGCAGCAAGUACGGGACCUCGCAUGUUUGACCUUUCCCUUUGCAUCGGCUGUGCAACUUUCUCGGCAGAUGGAUGAAUGGGACAUUUAUCGAGAUGCCCCCGCGGUGGUUUGCAGCAUGGGGCGAUGCCGUCUUCCCACAUGUGACAUUCAUCAAGGGUUUGCUUCCCAACACGUGGCUGGAGAUGUUGGGAGCUUGGCAGAAAUGAAAGACACAGCCGCCACUUCUCUUGCCGUGCCUGAAGCAGAUUUCCCAAUCGGACUUUUAGAUGACUGAGCAGAUGGUAAAGCACAUCCCAGGCAAUACUAAUGAGUAGGUGGGAAAGACAAUUUUCACUUGCUGACACCUUCUGAAGCCGCUUGAAGCCCUUGUGGCUUAAAAGCAGCACCUGUGUGGUGGCCCUGAACUCCAGUGCAAAGCAGUUAGAGCUGGUGAAGCACGAUGACCUUG